AUGGCUUUACCCAUAUUUUCAUCUCUCUCAUUUACAUGUAACAAAACCCUUUUUCCCAAAAAUGGUUCUUUAUCUCUACCAUUAUGGAACUCCAAUUUCCAUCGUCCAAUUCAAUGCAAGGGAACAACAUAUGAAGCUGCAAAUAUUCAAAAUCAAACAGUUGCUCGACCAUCUUUUACAUUUCAACCUUCAAUUUGGAACAAUGAUUAUAUCCAGUCAUUAAGUAGUGAAUAUAAGAAGAUAUGUAUGCAGAGGAAUGCAAAGUGCUAA